AUGUUUAGAUUACAAGCGAAAGGCUUCAAAACCGCCAUUAGCUUACAGAAACCUGCUUUACGUGAAACUUUCACAAAAUUUCCUGUUAGGCGCAGUCUUUUUAGUUUCCAAGGAUGUCGUAAAGGAUUGUACAGUACUUCCAGCAAGGAAGGCAAAGAGUCGUAUUUCGAAAUGUUUGAUUGCGACCCUUCAACGUUGCAAAAGAAUCCAUUUGAAAUAGACACUGGAGCCCUACGAUCUAUAUAUUUAAAGAAAAUUAAGAUCCACCAUCCAGAUGUUGCCAAAGGGGUGGAUUCUAAUAGUUCUCAGUUGAAAUCUGCUGAACUUACAAGGGCUUAUAAUACCCUGAUGGUACCAUUAAGCAGGGCUGAAUAUAUUUUGCAACAAAAAGGAAUCUCUACAGAUUCGGAAAAUAUCUCUGAUAAGGAUCCAGAGUUCUUGAUGCAAAUUAUGGACGUUCACGAGGAGAUUUCAUCCAACAGAGACUCUCCUGAGAAGAUUGAACAGCUGAUGAGCGAGAACAAUGGUCGUAAAAGUGAAGAAAUACAAAAAAUAAGUGUUGCAAUGUCGAAUGCUGACUGGGAAUUGGCUGCACUGCAUGUUAGUCGAUUGAGAUACUGGAAUACUGUUGACAGAAUCCUUCGUGAGCUUUGA